ACACACUCUUUUUCGUUGAAUGAUAGAAGAGAAUGGUUGUUUCGUGUUAUGUUAUUAUUUUCUUUGGAUUGUAACAUGAACAUUGACAGGCACGGAUAAUUUCUCUUGGGACGAUGAGCAAGUUUUUGAGUUCUUGGCAAUUAAUUAAUUAGUUGUGCCGAGUGGAAAAUGAAUCGAGGAAAUUCUGCUUAAAAUGUCGGCCAUGUCAGAAGCUUCUCUUCCUGUGAGCUGGAGGACAGAUUCUGCUUCGGAAACAUCCAGAUACUCCAGACGCUCUUCCAGAAAUGGACAGGGUUCGACUUCCCAGAAAUCAAUGAAUGUUGCCUCUGCAAAACACUCGGGAAUGCGACAUCCAUCUUGGCGGGAACCAAAACCUUUAAAGGCAGCAUCCCGUCCUGCGACUGCGCAAGGUGACGUCAACGGACUUCCGCGAAGGAAACCAAAUCUAAUAAGGUCAAACACAACAAUAGAAUCUCGGAGAGACAGAGAAGAUCAGGGAAUAGUGAAUCGACUAACUGCCCCAACGCUAGCAGCUAAAAUGAAGACCAUUGAGUUCAAUAAGCGGACGGCCUUUGUUGAUAACAAUUAUUAUUCGUGGUCUAACAUGGCGGUCUAUAAAGACCACCAAAAGAUGCUUUAUAACGACGGCGGAGGGAUUAAGCGGCGAGCGACAAUCGGCAAACGGUAGUUGUUCCGCAAAUAAAAAAAGGCCAAUCGGGUGUGAUCAAUCAGCAUGCAGUAUCAUUUCAGCUCAUGUACAUAGAAUUGUCAAAACUAGGUCCAAAUAAAACACAAUGUUUUUAAAUAAAUGCAUAUGACUCUUGU